GCCUCACUCACUUCUUCAUCCUUCCAUCUUCAACAGGUUUAUACCUUCACAUCCUCCAUCACAAUGAAGUCCACAUUCGCUGUCGCUGCUCUGGCCGCCAUUGCUUCUGCCGCUCCCACCAAGCGUCAAGCUACUGGUCCUACCGAUGAUGUUAUCCUCAACUACGCUCUGACCCUCGAGCACCUUGAGAACACCUUUUACCGCGAGGGUCUUGCCAACUUCACCGAGGCCGACUUCCAGGCUGCCGGCUUUGGCUCUGAUGUCUACAACCGCAUCAAGACCAUUGGCUCCGACGAGGCUGAGCACGUCAGCUUCCUCUCUGGUGCUCUGACCGCCGCCGGUGCGAAGCCCGUCCAGGAGUGCACCUACGCUUUCGGUGUCACCAGCGUGCAGAGCUUCCUGGCCACCGCCUCCGUCCUUGAGGGCGUUGGUGUCAGCGCCUACCUCGGUGCCGCUGCUGACAUCAUGUCGAAGACCUACCUCACAGCUGCCGGCUCCAUUUUGACCGUUGAGGCCCGCCACAGCGCCUACAUCCGCAAUGUCAACAAGCAGAGCCCCUUCCCCCAGCCCUUCGAUGCUCCCCUCUCUUACAACGAGGUCUUCACCCUCGCAGCUGGUUUCAUCACGGGCUGCCCCGCUGACAACCCUGCUCUUCCCGUCAAGGCCUUCCCCAGCCUGUCGACCUCCAGCAAGGACAUGCCGAUCAAGACCGGCUCGACCAUCACGCUCGGCACCGCUGGCUACAAGAUCGAGGGCACCGUCUAUGCUGCCUUCAUCGCCGUCACCGGUCCCACUUUCGUCGAGACAAAGGCUGUCAACGGCGGCUUCGAGGUUGUCGUCCCCAAGGGCUUCGCCGGCCAGAGCUACGUCGUCCUCACCAGCUGCAACACUGCUGCCACCGACGACACCAUUCUUGCCGGCCCUGCCGUCGUUGAGAUCUCCUCUUAAGCGUUGGUCGCUGGGAAAGACUGGUUGUCAAUAAGUACGAGGCCGCGAUGUAUAUACCUAUUCUACCUAACUUGUAAUGUUUGAUAACAAAAUGGAAGUCAUGUGUUUGUAC